CAGGAACUUAUAAUAUGGAAUAAAAGCAGGGCAUGAAGAGUCGCACGGGAAUACCGUGGUUUUGUUUUGUUUGGUUUAGAAUGUUUGUUUUUUUGUUUUAUUUUAAUAAUACUUGUACAGAUACCUCAGUGGUAGAUGAAUAAAAGUUACCGCCUUUGACUGCUUAAUACAAUGGGUUAUUGAAUUUGCAUAUUGAUCCAUAUGGGAGUUUGGGGCGGACUACAUUGAUUCAUCAAGUGUUGAAGAAUUAAAGUUCAGUACUGUAAAAUAACCAAUGGAUUGCAUAAGUCCCAUGCAGAAUAAGAGAAGACAUAGUGGAGAGCUGGAACAGCUGCACAACCAGCCGAAAAGGCUGUGUAUUGGACUGGGAGGCUGUGGCCGGGUUGAAAAUGGUGCGGUGAUGGAAGCUCCAAUGGACACGUGGGAGGGCCAAAAUCACAGCCCUCAAAAUGAACAGAGCGCCAGCGUCCCUGGCAUGCAGGUGUUACCCGCCCCAGAACGCGGUGCAGGACAGUAUUGCCCCAGGUGUAUGGCGGGUGAACCUGGGCAUAUAAACCACAUCAUGAGAUAUUGAUCAGCGUUGCCGAUGACUCCUGGAGAAAAUGAAUCGACUGAAUAAACGGCCAAUUCAGAGAAGCAAUCUGCAGUUUAUUCAUACCAUGUGGGUUUUUCCCCGCAUGCUUUGUGCCUUCCAUGCAUUUUCCAACUGGCCUCACCGUCCUACAGUAGUACCUAAUAGUGUUUCGUAGCAAUGAGGUUCACAUUACCAAGAACACUCCAGUGGUAAAAAAAAAAGGGGCCAUGAAUGAUGGUUUAGAUCACACUUUUAAUAUUGACAUUUUUGCACUGUCCAUUUUUUCAGUGUUGCAUGGUCAUGAUUUUCAAGAAGGAAUUACUGCUGUUAAUGCAAUGUUAGCAAAGUCUGUGAAACUAAGUGCACAAAUAAUUUCUUUUAUACAAUUUUUCUAAAAAAAAAAAUAUUUCACAUGUAGAUUUUAUUUUUAAGAAUGUGCGGGGCUUACCAUUUCAGUUGCUUUUCAUUUGGUAGUUAAAUGUCCAGAAAUGUACGUCAGGAUCUUUUUAAGGUCAUUUUUGUCUUAUCUCAAAUAGAUUUGUCUUUUGUUUUGUUUCCUUUAUAAAAUACGUUUCAGUGUAUUCAGUGAUUUAACCUAUUUAUAUCCUUUAUAAACCAAUCCAUAAUAUUUUGCAUAAAGUCUAAUUUGAUUAAA